AUGGGAGAUUUCUCUAAAGCUCUUUCUUAUUAUCAAAUAGCAAUAGAAAUUCGAAAAAAAAAUCUUCCAUUAAAUCAUCCUAGUAUAGGCAUUAGUUACAAUAAUAUGGAUGCUACACAUCAUUCGAUGGGAGAAUAUCAAAUAGCACUUACACAUUAUCAAAUAUCACUUGAAAUUUAUCGAAAAUUAGUUCCAUCAGAUCAUCCUAGAUUUGAUGAAACUUAUAAUAAUAUAGGUUUUGUAUAUGAUGCAAUGGAUGAUUAUUCAACUGCACUUAUAUAUUAUAGACAAGCUCUCAAUAUUCAAAAGAAACGUCUUUUAUGGAAUCAUAAUUAA